GCGACCAGGCGGCGGCGGUUGCCAGGGCGACGGGAGCUUGCAAGAGCUGCUGGUACUCGCGAUUGGAGACUUAGAACAAGUUUCUCUUUGCGGGCCUUGACUUCUGGGGUCGUCUUCUUGGGGUCCUCAGGAUGUUCUUUUACCUGAGUAAGAAAAUAGCCAUUCCUGAUAACGUGAAGCUGAAAUGUGUAUCUUGGAACAAGAACCCAGGAUUCAUAGCAUGUGGUGGUGAAGACGGACUACUGAAAGUUUUGAAAUUAGAGACACAGACAGAUGAUGCAAAAUUGAGGGGUCUUGGAGCCCCUAGUAAUCUUUCUAUGAAUGAGAUUCUUGAAGGUCAUAGUGGUUCUGUUCAAGUUAUAGCAUGGAAUGAACAAUAUCAGAAGUUGACUACCAGUGAUCAAAACGGUCUUAUCAUUGUUUGGAUGUUAUAUAAAGGCUGUUGGUAUGAGGAGAUGAUCAACAAUAGAAAUAAAUCAGUGGUUCGCGGUAUGAGCUGGAAUGCUGAUGGACAGAAGAUCUGCAUUGUGUACGAAGAUGGAGCGGUGAUAGUUGGUUCAGUGGAGGGGAAUCGCAUUUGGGGAAAAGACCUGAAGGGUGUACAGUUAUGCCAUGUAGCAUGGUCUGCAGAUAGUAAAAUCUUACUUUUUGGAAUGGCAAAUGGAGAAAUACACAUUUAUGAUAAUCAAGGGAAUUUUGUGAUGAAAAUGAAACUGAAUUGUUUGGUGAAUGUCACUGGAGCAGUCAGUAUUGCUGGAAUUCAUUGGUACCACGGCACAGAAGGUUACGUGGAGCCAGAUCGCCCCUGCCUUGCUGUUUGCUUUGACAAUGGAAGAUGCCAAAUAAUGAGACAUGAGAAUGACCAAAAUGCUGUUUUAAUCGAUACUGGCAUGAAUGUAGUAAAUAUCCAGUGGAACCACAUCGGUAGUGUGUUAGCUGUGGCAGGCUCCCAGAAGGUUGUCACUCAGGAUAAAAAUAUAAACACUGUGCAGUUUUACACUCCAUUUGGUGAGCAUUUGGGUACUUUGAAGGUUCCUGGUAAGGAGAUGUCUUCAUUGUCUUGGGAAGGAGGUGGACUGAGAAUUGCAUUAGCUGUUGAUUCUUUCAUAUAUUUUGCAAAUAUUCGACCUGAUUAUAAGUGGGGUUAUUGCUCAAAUACCAUAGUUUAUGCUUAUAUGAGACCUGAUCGUCCAGAGUACUGCGUUAUCUUUUGGGAUACAAAAAACAAUGAGAAGUACAUUAAAUAUGUGAAGAACCUCAUUUCUAUUACCACCUGUGGAGACUUCUGCAUUUUGGCUACAAAAGCUGAUGAAAAUCAUCCUCAGGAGGAGAAUGAGAUGGAAACAUUUGGUGCAAUGUUUGUGCUAGUUCUUUGUAAUUCUAUUGGCACACCUUUGGAUCCCAAAUACAUUGAUAUUGUGCCCUUAUUUGUUGCAAUGACUAAAACCCAUGUGAUAGCAGCUUCUAAAGAAGCAUUUUAUACCUGGCAAUAUCGUGUGGCAAAGAAGCUCACAGCAUUGGAAAUAAAUCAGAUCUCACGAUCUCGAAAAGAAGGGAGAGAAAGGAUCUAUCAUGUUGAUGAUACUCCUUCUGGGUCAGUGGAUGGGGUGCUUGAUUACAGUAAAGCCAUUCAAGGCACAAGGGAUCCAAUUUGUGCCGUCACUGCGUCUGAUAAGACACUGAUUGUGGGUCGUGAAUCUGGCACCAUUCAGAGAUACAGUCUUCCUAAUGUUGGUUUGCUUCAGAAAUACUCCCUAAAUUGUCGAGCCUGCCAGUUGUCCUUGAAUUGUAACUCCAGUCGUCUUGCUGUCAUAAACAUCUCAGGCAUUCUCACCUUCUUUGACUUGGAUGCUCGGGUGACAGACAGCACAGGACAGCAAGUUAUUGGCCAGUUGUUGAAACUGGAGCGGAGAGAUGUCUGGGAUAUGAAGUGGGCCAAAGACAAUCCUGAUUUGUUUGCAAUGAUGGAGAGGACAAGAAUGUAUGUUUUCAGAAAUUUGGAUCCUGAGGAACCCAUUCAGACUUCUGGAUAUAUCUGUAACUUUGAGGAUUUAGAAAUUAAGUCUGUUCUUUUGGAUGAGAUAUUAAAGAAUCCAGAACAUCCUAACAAGGAUUAUAUAAUUAACUUUGAGAUUCGCUCCCUGAGAGAUAGUCGAGCCUUGAUUGAGAAGGUUGGAAUUGAAGAUGCAUCUCAGUUCAUAGAGGACAACCCACACCCCCGACUUUGGCGCCUACUGGCUGAAGCAGCUCUUCAGAAACUGGACCUGUACACUGCAGAGCAAGCAUUUGUGCGCUGUAAAGAUUACCAAGGCAUCAAGUUUGUGAAGCGCCUGGGCAAUCUGCAGAGUGAGUCCAUGAAGCAGGCUGAAGUUGCUGCCUACUUUGGCAUGUUUGAAAAGGCUGAAAGAAUGUAUCUUGAUAUGGACAGAAGAGAUCUUGCUAUCGGCCUCCGGCUGAAAUUGGGAGACUGGUUUAGAGUGCUCCAACUCCUGAAAACUGGAUCUGGUGAUGCAGAUGACAGUCUCCUUGAACAAGCUCACAAUGCCAUUGGUGACUACUUUGCCGAUCGCCAGAAGUGGAUGAAUGCUGUACAGUAUUAUGUACAAGGCCGGAACCAAGAACGCUUAGCUGAAUGUUAUUAUAUGUUAGAAGAUUAUGAGGGAUUGGAGAAUCUUGCCAAUUCACUUCCAGAGAACCACAAAGUGCUUCCAGAAAUAGCACAGAUGUUUGUGAGAGUUGGAAUGUGUGAACAAGCAGUGACUGCAUUUUUGAAAUGCAAUCAACCAAAGGCGGCAGUGGAUACCUGUGUACAUCUCAACCAAUGGAACAAAGCUGUUGAAUUGGCUAAAAGUCAUAGUAUGAAAGAAAUUGGACCCCUGUUAGCGAGGUAUGCGUCUCAUUUAUUGGAAAAGAAUAAAACUCUUGAUGCCAUAGAGCUCUAUCGGAAGGCCAAUUACUUUCAUGAUGCUGCUAAACUGAUGUUUAAGAUUGCUGAUGAAGAGGCAAAGAAGAGAACUAAACCUUUACGUGUGAAGAAGCUCUAUGUACUGUCAGCCUUACUUGUAGAGCAAUACCAUGAACAAAUGAAGAAUGCCCAGCGAGGAAAAGUUAAAGGAAAGAGCUCAGAGGUUACUUCUGCUUUGGCAGGCUUUCUGGAAGAGGAAAUUCUGUCUACAACUAGCCAUUUCACAGAUAAUGCCUGGAGAGGGGCUGAAGCUUAUCACUUCUUUAUACUUGCACAGAGGCAGCUCUAUGAGGGACAUGUUGACACUGCAUUGAAGACAGCUCUGCACCUGAGAGACUAUGAAGACAUUAUCCCUGCCAUUGAGAUCUACUCCCUAUUAGCGCUCUGUGCAUGUGCCAGUAGAGCUUUUGGUACUUGUUCAAAAGCUUUUAUGAAACUUAAAUCUUUAGAGACCCUCAGUUCAGAACAGAAACAGCAGUAUGAAGAUCUUGCUCUAGAAAUCUUCACCAAACAUACUCCAAAAGAUAACAGAAAAUUUGAAUUGGACAGCCUUCUGGAAGGAGGGGAAGGGAAACUGCCAACAUGUGUUGCCACAGGAAGUCCAAUCACUGAGUGUCAAUUCUGGAUGUGCAGUGUGUGCAAGCAUGCUGUUCUGGCUCAGGAAAUCAGUAACUACAACUUCUGUCCUUUAUGCCAUAGUUCAGUGGAGUAAAGAAAUGACAAAUUACAUAUAACUGUAAAAUAUAUGUAGCAUAUACACAUAGCUAUAACUCUCUAUAUAUUAAGGUUGACUUGCAUACAUUUUAUGAAAAUCAACAUCAUUAUUUCAUAGUUGUACUUUUAAACAAAACUGUAUAUAUGUUAUGUAUACAUAAUAUCUGUAUUUCCUGUCUAUUUGUCUGUCUAUAUGUCUGUCUACCUCCUAUCUGUCUAUCUUGUGAUUGGUUAUAUAAUACUGUGGAAAUAUUCCAAAUAAGAAAUUUUUUCUUACAGUGUCAAGGUUUCUAAUUCAUUAAAAAAUUUUGGUGCAGGGUAGGGAAGAGGGAAGCAUGGGAAUGGGGCAAAGUAGAAGGUAGGGCACUGGCAUAACCUGUAUUAGAAGGUUGUUAAACAAUUGUAAUAUUGAAGUGAGCUCUAUUAUAGCUAGCUGUAUUUAAUGAAAUAAAUAUUGAUCAUCUUUUAUAGUUAAUAUUCAGAAGUAAGGAGAAGCAUUUCAAGACUUUUUCAAAUAAUUUGAAUUGUUUCUAAUACCUUUAUUUUUUAUAUAGUUUCCUUUUUAUCUACCCCUUUAAUCUCAUCUAAGGGAUGGCAUUUAGCAUUUACUCUUCAUGAUACUGUACAGAAAACUUGGUUCUAUUUGUAAUGAUAUAGAUUUAUACAGAAAUAUCCAUUUUGUAGUUAGUUUCAGUUGAAACAUUGUCAUUAAGCCAGACCCUUCAUUUAAACAACUCUCAGGCUGAAGGCAGUUAUUCUUCCUCAAUAUAUGCUUAUUUUGACUUAUUAUCAUUAAUUAAAAGAAAACAUUAUAAUCAGUAAUGGGUAACCUCUUACCUGUUUUAUAUUGCUAAUAAUGUUCAUCAUUUAUUUCUUCACUUAGGACUCCUCAUUUUGUGGCUGCAGACCAGACUCUAGCACUAUUUUAUCAAGGUUAUUUGCUGAGUCUAGCUGAUGUUUAGUAGAGGCAGUGGAUAAAGAGGAAUAUACAGCAUUGCUAGUGUGGCAUUGCUAGUAACACAUGGCUGUGAUACUAGGUCAAUUAACUCUCUCAAUGUGAUGUUUCUGGCCUUUUACAGGAAAGUUAAGCCUUUUGCCCAUUAAGAAUAGUGAACUAUGAGAAGAGGUUUAGAGCCUAGAUGAGCUUAUAGUAGAGGGCUCAUGUGCCUAAUCAGAAUGAAGAGACUAGAAGUCUUAGAAGUGUCUGUGGUCAUGUGCCUUGUGGGAAGUUACCUUGAUACAAUGGUAGCCUCCAAAUACACUUCUAAGCAACCCAUUCCAGAGGUCACGGAACAGAAAGGGUUACAAACCAAAUGGGAAUACUCAAGUCACAUGCUUUAUUGAAUCAAUCUGAAAUACACAGUGAGGAGCAAAGAGAAAAUGAUUGGGUAGAUUAACUCUACUAGGGUAGGGUACAAGCAGGGUAGAAAGAUGACAGUACCUGAAUCCUGAGUUAUAUACUGUUCUAAUGUCCUCUCAUUCUGCCUCAUCAGCCAACAACCCCGCCCCCGACCCCACAAUAGUGUGGGGAAGAGGACCAGAGUUGAGGUUUAAGCGGGGGACCCAAUCAGAUGGAAUGUGCCCGAGGCCAGUGAUGCACACUUGCUCUAGAGAAGAGGCCCUGGGGCAAGUACACCUGGCCGCAGCUGUUGGUUCCAAUUUGCCUGUUGAGCAGUUAUGGAUUCAAUUCUAUUUCUUGGGGAGGGGAUUGGCCAGAAUAAGUGUCAGGAUGGGCAGUUGAGUCAAGGCCUCACACCUGUUGAGUACUUUAUAGGUUUCAUGCAUAUUUAGUGUGUCUUGAAUAUUUAGUGCCUUGGUUGUCUUUUAUAUUUUUAGUGCCUCAUCCAUUUUAGGUAUGGUCACACAUAUAUGGUCCAUUUACUUUGUCAAUGUGCCUCAUAAGUUACUUAACACAAUGAAUUUCAUCUGUCUCAUUUGUUUUCUUCUAUUAUAGAAUAGAGUAUUUCCUAAUCCAGGAAAUAAUAUCCUAACAAAAACAUCAGCCCUAAGGAAUAUAUCUCCUGUUGAACUUAAUUACAUCAUUCUACCAGACAUUGUAUUUUCAGGAUGAAACUAUUUUCUGCUUCAUCAGUGAAAAGAGAAAUUUUUCAGGGACAUAGGCUGAAGAUUUUAGGGACAUAGUUCCUGCAGAACUGUAUGGUCAGAGUUGUGAUUCUUGGUCCAUGUUCUAAUGCCUGAGUAUCUCUUCUUUCCCUGUUUCCCAUCCCAGGGAUCAGCUCAGAACUCAAAGUUAGAUGGUCAUUCAUCUAGAACUUCCUAUGACUUGCUGACUACACUUCCAUCUGCCUCAGUUCCACAAUUAGCUGUUGGCUUCUUAGGCCUUUCCUAACAUGUCUUUUGGGAACUCUCUUUUGGAGCUUUCUUGUUUGACACUAACUCCAUUUCACCUGAGCCCUAGAAUUUUCCUCCAACUAAUUAUUUCAGAUAGAUCCUGAGUUGCUCUCACUACUUCUUAUUCAGUUUAAUCCAGAUACUAAAAUCUCUAAAAACAACCUCAUACUUUGUAGACCUAAUUAUUCCAUAUAUGUAUGUUUGUAUGUGUAUACUCUUAUACACACACACACACACACGCACACACACACACACACACACACACAUAUAGAUACCUUUUCAACUAUUGUAAACAUCUUUGACUGUUUGGGAGUUAUAUCUGUGAGUUUUAGUGAUUUACCAUAAUGUCCUAGAGGCCUUUAUCUUGCUUGAAAAUGGUACUGUAGAAAGACCCACACUAGGAGUUGACCCAGUUGGUUUUUUUCAACAUGAAGGAAAUUUCAGGAUAAUAACACCAACUAAGUCUCUCCUGAUGAAGGGGCAAAGAGAAGCAGAGCUGUCUAUGUAUAACAAAUACUUGGAAGUUAGAUAGACAGAAUGAGGCAGUAUAUUGAAAACAUUACAUUGAAACACUUAUGUUGGUUUCUUCUUGUAAUGAACAUGAACUAGCUUUAAGUAAUGCUGAGUUCUUUGUCAUGAAACUUGGCCUGAGUUAAGCUUCAGAGUAUUAAUGUGAUGGAACUGACUGAUAAAGCUAUACUUGUAAGCAAUGUGUCUUACAAGCAACAUACCUUGUUAACCUGCUAUCAUGCACAAAUGCUAAUUUUAUUAUACAUUUUUUUCUAAAAUAUUUUGAAAUGACCUUUUUGUAUUCCAGGCACUGAGAUUUUAGGUUUUCUGUAGGAUUAAGCAAAAAUAAAUAUGAAAAUAAUAAAUAUUGAAGUAAAGAUGACUUGUUUUUAUACUGUUUCCUUUAUCUAAAACUUAUGGAUAACUUGGUAUGUUUUGUUUUGAUUUCAAUGUUUUGGUGGGAGUUGGUUAGUUGGGGCUUCAGAGUGGAUAAGGGGAGAAAGGGACAGGAGGUACAAUAGAUGUACAAUAUUACUUUUGUUACCAGACAGAAAAAACAACUUACAAAGGUACUAGGCAAAUGUCAGAUGAUGGGGUUGCAGUGAAUGAAUUACUUCUUAGAGGUCACACACGUUUAGAAAUGGGGGAAAAAUUAUGUUACCAGACUAUUAAGAGAAAAUCAAGAGUACUUAUGUGGUGAUGUUCUAGCUCCAAGAUACUGCUGAAUUUCUAAAAUGAAAAUAGCAAUAUUAUAUUGCCCCCUACUGUCUACUCUUAUGAUUAUUUUCUCAAUUCAUUUGUUAGAAAUUAACAUUUAUUAAAUAUAUGUUAACAUGUCUAUGGUAGAAAAUUUCAAAAGUACAUAAAGAGUAUAGAUAAAAAAGUAAAGAGACUCUUAACCUCUUUAAAAAUAAAAGGUAUUUAUAUUUUAGUUUAAUUUAGGAGGAAAAAUAUGAGGUGAAACCGAAGAAAUUGCUGUUUUCUUCAUAUCAAGAGCUAUUCUUAACAGUUUUUUCUAAAAUCAAAAGAAAAAGUAGACAUAGAAGGUUAGAGUGGUUCUUACUUAACUACUGCAUACCUUGUUUUAUUAUACUUAAUUGUACUUCACAGAUAAUGUGUUUUUUACAAAUUGAAGGUUUGUGGCAACCCUGCAGUAAUAAAGUCUAUCAGUGCCAUUUUUCCAACAGCACUGCUCAUUUUGUCUAUGUCACAUUUUGGUAAUUCUUCAAUAUUUCAAACUUUUUCAUUAUUACUGUAUAUGUUAUGGUGAUCUGUGAUCAGUGAUUACAACUCGCUGAAAGCUCAGAUGAUGGUGUUUUUAGCAAUAAAGUAUUUUUAAAUUAAGGUUAUGUAUAUAUUUUUUAGACAUGCUAUUGCAUACUUAACAGACUAUAGUGUAGUGUAAACAUAACUUUUAUAUAUACUGGGAAAGCAAAAAUUAAUUUGACUUGCUUUAUUGCAAUAUUCAUUUAUUGUGGUCGUCUAGAACCAAACCCAUGAUAUUUCAAAGGUAUGACUAUACUCAUUUCUUAUUUAAGUUUUACAUUUCUAGUUAGUAAAAUUCAGAGAAAAAUUAGAUACUGCUACACAUCUACUAUAAUAACUAAAAUCAAAACUGACAAGUGUUGGUGAGGAUAUGGAGCAACUGAAACCCUUACUCGUUGGAAAUGCAAAAUAGUAUACUGACUCUGGAAAAGUUGUGUUCUAGAAGUAUAUAUAUAUAUAUAUAUAUCUGUACUUGAACUGCUCCGGUCAGUGAAAAGGAAGCUUUACGGACGCCCCAGGCCAUGAGGAUGUCAGGAGUCUGCUCUGUGGGGGAAGAAGCCUGUGGAGGUACUUUACUUGACUUUCUUCUUGGGGCACACUUUAUGUGUCAGUUGACAAUAUGGGGUUGCAGGUGAGCAUUAACAACUUUGGCAGGUCAUCUUAUUGCAGUUUUAUUUUUGGGUGAACUGGCAGAGGGAAGGCUUGUCAAUGCCACCCUACAGGAAAGAAGCGCCAAGUACAGGUGGACUUUGGAAGACAGGCACGAGACAUAGAGGGCCUGCAACUGAGCCGGACUCAAGCACCACAGUCACAGGGCAGGGCCCUCCAGUGUCCUAGAGAGUCAAACUUUCACAAAUAUAAUGGAGACACCAAGUCAGAAUCCCUUGUGUGCCCUAUGAGUAGAUGGACACACCAGCCUGGCCUGCCCCACCGAACCUCUAUUGCUGCAUUUCCCACUCUUAUCAGAUGCAUGAUUUGUCGAUAUUUUCUCCCAUUCUCUGGAUUGUCACUGUGUUGAUAGUCUUUUGAUACACAACAGUUUUUAAGUUUAAUGAAGUUCAAUUUGUCAAGAAUUUAUUUUCUGUGCAUUUGGUAUCAUAUCCAAGAAAUUGACAAAUCCUAUGUUGUUAAGAUUUUGCCUAAGAAUUUUAUAUUUUUAGCCUUGAAUUUAGUUUUUUAAAUCCACUUUGAGUUAAUUUUUUAUAUGGUGUUUAGGUUCAACUUUUCCAUGUGGUCAUCCAGUUUUUCAGUAGUAUUUAUUGAAAAGACUUUGCCAAUAUCAGUUUUGAUUACUGUAACUCUUAUAAGUUUCAAAAUCAGGAAGUAAGUCUUCCAACUUUGUUCUUUCAAGAUUCUUUUGGAUAUUUGGGAUCCCUUGAAUUCCAGGUGAAUUUUAAGAUGUAUUUUUCUAUUUCUGUGAAAACACUGUUGCGAUUUGGUAAGAAUUCCAUUGAAUCUGUAGAUCGCUUUAGCAUGAACAUGGGCUGUCUUUCCAUUUAUGUCUAAUUUCUUUCAGCAGUGUUUUGUAGUUUUCAUGGUACAAGUCUUUAACCUCCUUGGUUAAUGCUAUUGUAAAUGGAAUUGCUUUCUAAAUCUCUGGUUUUUCAUUUUACAUUAUUUUUAGUUUCAUUAGACAUACUGUACUUUAUUUUCUGGGCUUCCCCUGUGGCAUAAACAGUCAGAAUGUAAACUAACAUCAACAGAUCACAAACUGUCAGCAAAAGUAAUAGUUAAUCAUUAAUACUAUUCCAGAGGUUCCAAAAGGACAAGAAGUUUGCACUCUAUAGGAUCUUGGGAGAUAAUAAAUGGUAGUGUUUGAAUUCUGACUCAGAACCGUCAGACAACUAAAUUCAUGGGAUUUCAACACAAACUGUCUUAGGUAACCACAGCCUACUCCGAGUAUCUUCUACGGGUGUGUGGCUCACGGUGUACGCUGGAGCCCGAAAGGUGCUACAGUAAACCUGCUUGCCCGUUAGCCAUUUAUAAAACAAACCAAGGUUUCUUCCGCUUCCGGCAGUCAGGCGCCCAGCCCUCCAACUCUGUAACAAAGGGCAAGUUCCUCGGAACACCAGCCCACAGACUUGAAGUCAGUUUGGGACCGUGGAUCUACUGCUUCUCUGGGAGACGAAGCAAGCGGGACCAACAUUAAGAACAACACUUCUCAAGAGUCUUUAGCUUUCCCGGACGCCAGGGCACUCCGCCUGCAGCGCCUCAUUGAUCUCGCGAGACGAUGGGUCCUCGAAAGGUACAAACUUCCCUCUUUGCUACUGCCGAGAUCUUGCUGUCAAGUUAAAUUCCGGAGUACGGAAGUAGCGGAAGUGGUGCCGCCUCUAAUCUCUCGGAAGACAACCGCCCUUCUGCACGGAAAGCUAGGCCUCCGACCACAAUGGAAGGGCAGCAGGGGCAACAAAGCCACGCGACCCUAACACUCGCCCACGAUUAUUUCAAGAAGUGUGAAUACGCGGAAGCAGAGGCGCUCUACUCCGCUUACAUUCGCCAGUGCGUCUGUGCAACCUCGGCGGGAGCGGCGUUCGGAAGGAUACUUUGAUGAUGCUUUGGAAGAGUUCAAGAAGGUAUUAGACUUAAAUCCUGGAUUUCAAGAUGCUACUUUGAGCUUAAAACAGACUAUUCUAGACAAAGAAGAAAAACAAAGAAGACAUUAUUGAAAAAAAUUAUUGGAAGUUUUAACUUAU